ACAGAAGCAGCAUAUAAAGAAGCAGAAGAAGAAAAGGCGCAAGUAGUGACACCCACCUGACUUAGCACAGACCACUAACUACAAGCUCAGCAGUCAGUUGCGUAGUAACGUUUGUAGACGUUUCAAAAGCCAGCGGGCCAGGAUGCAAGAAGGUUAUUUGUGAGGGACGACUCCCUACCCCACGCUAAUGCAGUUCCUGUUCAGGACAGCUGAUUGCUCAGCCUCUGGUAUUUCUGCUUGUGUUCUUCUGUCUUCAUGGUGUAAUGGUAGCCAGGAAUACUGACCAACCACUCUCUGGACCCUUCAGACACAGUGCCAUGUCUUUGGUUUUUCCUCGACCCAACACAAAUCCAUUUCACGGCAAGAAGGAAAAGAGAAUGAUGGCAGAAGUGAAUGCAUCACCACUUAAGCAUUUUGUAACAGCAAAGAAGAAGAUCAAUGGGAUCUUUGAGCAGUUGGGGGCCUACAUCAAGGAGAGUGAUUCCUUUCUGGAAGAUGCUUACAAAAGUGAAGACCUGGACCCCGUCACCACGGAGGAGCAGGUCCAGGAGGUCCGGGGUUACCUUGCCAAAGUAGCAGGGAUUGGAGAAGUGCUUGCCCGCCGCCACAUGAAGGUGGUCUUCUUUGGAAGGACUAGUAAUGGGAAGAGCUCAGUGAUCAAUGCCAUGCUGUGUGACAAGGUUCUACCGUCUGGAAUAGGACACACCACCAACUGCUUCCUCAGGGUAGAGGGCACGGAUGGCAAUGAGGCCUUCCUCCUCACAGAAGGCUCUGAGGAGAGGAAGAGCAUAAAGACCGUGAACCAGCUGGCCCAUGCUCUCCAUCAGGAUGAAGACCUGGAUGCAGGGAGCCUAGUGUGUGUCAUGUGGCCUAAAGCCAAGUGUGCUCUGCUUAGGGAUGAUCUGGUGCUUUUAGACAGCCCAGGUAUAGAUGUGACUACAGAACUGGACAGUUGGAUUGACAAGUUCUGCCUGGAUGCGGACGUGUUUGUUCUGGUAGCAAACUCGGAAUCAACCCUGAUGCAGACGGAGAAGUCAUUUUUUCACAAAGUCAAUGAGCGCCUCUCCAGUCCCAACAUUUUCAUUCUCAACAACCGCUGGGAUGCAUCUGCCUCAGAGCCUGAAUAUAUGGAAGAGGUCCGCAGGCAGCAUAAGGAUCGCUGCACCAAUUUUCUGGUGGAUGAGUUGGGUUUGGUUGACCGAGCCCAGGCCAGUGACCGCAUCUUCUUUGUAUCUGCCAAGGAAGUACUCCAGGCUCGAAUGCAAAAGGCUCAAGGAAUGCCAGAAGCAGGUGGUGCUCUGGCAGAGGGAUUUCAAGCCAGAAUGUUUGAAUUCCAGAAUUUUGAGAGGCGGUUUGAGGAGUGUAUCUCACAAUCAGCCGUGAAGACAAAAUUUGAGCAACACACAGUCAGGGCCAAGCAGAUCUCUGAAGCCUUGCGCCGCAUCAUGGACUCUGUGCACAUUGCUGCUCAAGAGCAGAGAGUCUACUGCCUUGAGACCAAAGAGGACCGUCAAGACCGAUUGGAGUUUAUAGACAAGCAGUUGGACCUGUUAACCAUGGACUGUAAGGCUAAAAUUAAGAAGAUUACUGAGGAAGUGGAGAGACAGGUGUCUAAUGCCAUGGCAGAAGAGAUCAGAAAGCUCCAUGUACUGGUGGAUGAUUUCCACAUGGACUUUCAUCCAUCACUAGUGGUGCUCAAGGUUUACAAGAAUGAACUCCAUCGGCACAUAGAGGAGGGUCUGGGAAAGAACAUGUCAGAGAGGUGCUCUACCUCUAUCACUAAUGCCCUGCAAGCCACACAGACCGACAUGAUUGAUGGUCUGAAACCUCUAUUGCCCAGCCCGGUCAGAGAGCAGGUGGACAAACUUGUUCCUCGUCAGUGCUUCAGCCUUAGCUAUGACUUGGCCUGUGACAAACUUUGCAGUGACUUUCAGGAGGACAUCAGCUUCCAUUUCUCUCUGGGCUGGACCAUGCUGGUCAACCGCUUCCUGGGGCCCAAGAACUCGCGGCGGGCCCUCAUGGGCUACAAUGACCAGGUUCCUCGGCCCAUGGCCUUGACUCCAGUCAGCACGAGCAUGCCUCCAUUUCCACAAAGCUCCAUGACCCAGGAAGAGCUUAUGGUGUCCAUGGUGACAGGUCUUGCUUCACUUACCUCCCGCACUUCCAUGGGCGUCCUUGUGGUUGGUGGUGUGAUCUGGAAGGCAGUGGGCUGGCGUCUGAUUGCCUUGUCAGUGGGUCUGUAUGGGCUUCUCUACGUCUAUGAACGGCUCACCUGGACCACCAAGGCCAAAGAGAGAGUGUUCAAGAGACAGUUUGUGGACUACGCCAGUGAGAAACUGCAACUCAUUGUCAGCUACACUGGAUCCAAUUGCAGCCACCAAGUCCAGCAGGAGUUGGCAGGUGUAUUUGCUCAGCUUUGCCAGCAGGUAGACAUCACCCGUCAAAACCUUGAGGAUGAGAUCUCUCAUAUGAACAACAAGAUCGAGCAGCUCGAUAGCUUGCAGAGCAAGGCUAAACUGCUGCGGAACAAGGCGGGAUGGCUGGACAGCGAGCUCAACAUGUUCACCCAGCAGUACCUGCAGCACAGCACAUAAAGCAGACAAACAGACUAAACAUCACAGGAGGAAUGUUUGGUACAGCUGCACACUUCUGUAUUUUGAAGUUAAUAUGAGGAAAUAUUUAACAAUAUUCAAAAGAAGACAAAUCAAAGGGAUCGUUUGUUGGUCUUACAUGAGUGGAAGGAGUUUUGAUGUGGUUGUGUAUUUGUCUGCUGAUCACUCUGAGUUCCACUUACCUGUGCCACUUUAAAGUUAUGUAAAUUUGAUUUUGUAUACAUACUUUGAACACUGGACAAGUGUCAUGCUGAAGGAAGACAGUACACAUGAGGGAAAGGAAAAAUUUUGGCUUAUGUAAGUAGAAUAUGAACUGAAGACAUUAAAUAAUAUUUAUUUCUA